UUGUUCAUGGCAACCAUCACCAGAUUACAAUUCCACACAAUGUCAAGAAUCUACUUCAUGGCCUCCACCUCCAGGAUAUUAUCCUAGUGUCAGUGAAACUAAUAGUCACAAUUAUGUACCUUCUUAUGGUUCUACACAAUCAACCACAAUAAUUAUGCCAGAAAUUAUUUUUGUUGGAAGAUGUCCUGCAUGUAGAACAUUAAGUAUAAAGGAAACGACCAUUACGGGAGCAGAUUGAAGAAAACUUCGAUGUGCAAUCAUGCCCGCGAACGAAGAAAUUUUAAACAUGACUUCGGAUCAAAUAAGAGACAAUUUAUUCGGAAAAGCUUGCGAUGAUAGUAUGCAGAACAAUUUUGAUUGUGAAUCUUCUGAUGAUGAUAAAGAGGACUAUCAAAAUGUUUGCUCACAGUCUAUUGUCAAAAAAAAUUUCAAAGAAAUUUGUAAUUACAAAAGUCUUCCAGUACGAGAAAUCCAUAUGAAAUUCAUGAAAAGCUUCGUUAAUUUACUUUUGGAAGAAGCAGUUUUUGAGGGCACUUUAAGAAGAAAUAGAGUAGUAGAGUGGAUAGAACCAACAACACUCCAUUCAAUAAUUGAUUUAAAAUUAUCCGACCAGGGAUGCUCUUACGAGACACUUUUGACUCUUGCUCACAAUGUGAUUAAGUAUAGUGUAAAAACAGGUCAUCCUCGAUUUAUAAAUCAAUUAUACUCCAGUGUAGAUCCUUACGGUCUUCUUGGACAAUGGCUAACCGAUGCCUUAAAUCCGUCAGUUUAUACUUAUGAAGUUUCUCCAGUCUUCUCUUUGAUGGAAGAGGAAAUAUUGCGAGAGAUGAGAAAAAUAGUUGGUUGGAAGGAUGAUAGAAGUGAAGGAAUAUUCUGUCCUGGUGGUUCUAUCGCUAACGGAUAUGCAAUUAAUCUGGCACGCUAUUACAAAUUUCCUCGAUUAAAAGAGCUAGGCUUAUUCAAUACUGGUAGAUUAAUAAUUUUCACAUCCAGAGAUGCUCAUUAUUCUGUGAAGAAACUUAGUGCAUUUUUAGGAAUAGGUACUGAAAAUGUCUAUGAAGUGAAAACUGAUGAUAAAGGAAAGAUGUGCGUAACAGAUUUGAAAAUGCAGAUCAAAAAAGCUCUUGAAGAAGACGCAAUACCUUUGAUGGUCUCUGCUACAGCAGGAACCACAGUUUUAGGUGCCUUUGAUCCUUUAAAAAAUAUAGCUGCCAUUUGCAAGAACUACAAUCUUUGGUUCCAUGUAGAUGCAGCUUGGGGAGGAGGAGCUUUGAUGUCUAAAAAAUAUAAAUAUCUUUUGGAUGGUAUUGAAUUAGCAGAUUCUGUUACUUGGAAUCCACAUAAGUUAUUGGCCGCUCCGCAACAAUGUUCAACACUAUUGCUGCGUCAUGAGGGUCUUUUACAAGAUGCACAUGGUUCAAAAGCCAGUUAUCUCUUUCAACCAGAUAAAUUCUAUGACACUUCUUUCGAUAGUGGAGACAAACACAUUCAAUGUGGUCGUAGAGCAGAUGUACUAAAAUUCUGGUUUAUGUGGAAGGCGAAGGGUACUCGAGGUUUAGAGAAACAUGUGGAUCGAAUCUUCAAAUUAGCACGAUACUUCACAAAUUACAUAAGACACCGAGAAGGUUUUAAAUUGAUACUCGAACCUGAGUGCACCAAUGUCUGUUUCUGGUACGUGCCACCUUCAAAGCGUCAGUUACAAAAUGAAGAAUUGUUGAAGGCUCUUCAGAAGAUUGGGCCAGCUGUAAAAGAGCGUAUGAUGAAAAAAGGAUCGAUGUUAAUCACGUACCAACCUUUACGAGAGCUACCUAAUUUUUUCAGACUUGUUUUACAAAAUUCUGGAUUGACAGAGAUUGAUAUGAGAUUUUUUGCAGAAGAAAUCGAGAGGCUCGCCAUUGAUUUAUAGAAUUGAUUUUUUUUAUAAAAUUUUAAAUUCUAAUAAUACAAAAUUUCUCAUUCAAAGAAUUUUUGUUUAUAACAGUAUAAA